GUAGUUGUGAUUAAAAACUCAUUCAAAUCAGCUUGAACUGCUGCUUUUGUCUUCUUUGUUUUUCAGGCUUGGCCCUACACGACCUCCCCAGAGACCAUUACACAAUAAACAUCACUGCCACACUUGGAACCCUAAACGUAGCAGCAGAAGUGGAGGGAGUGAAAAUAAAAGGGGAUGGAGAGAUGCAUAUGACUCUGUCCAGCAGUUUGCUGCUGAAUAUGAACCGACAGCUGCAGUUUGUCACCUACACAAACACGUUGUUUCACCCCAGCACUGCAGAUACAGUGCAGUUUGAGACAGAAGGCCAUCAAGCCAUCUUCAGCAUCAAGAUCCGUCAUGGAGUUACUCCAAAACUUUACAACACUGGAUCUAAGGAAGAGUACAACGUCAGCGCUCUGGUUACCGUAGCCACAAAGACCUUCCUGCGUUAUGACAAGCUUCAAAACCUCAUCGACAGCAUCAGAAGAUACUACCCUACAGUCACGAUAGUAAUCGCUGACGAUAGUGAGAACCCUAAAACCAUUUCCGGGCCUUACAUCGAGCACUACAUCAUGCCCUUUGGGAAGGGUUGGUUUGCUGGACGAAACCUGGCAGUUUCCCAGGUCACGACCAAAUAUGUGCUUUGGGUGGACGACGACUUCUUCUUCACGGCCAAUACCAAGCUGGAGAAGCUUGUGGACGUUUUAGAGAAGACCACCCUGGAUCUGGUUGGGGGUGCAGUGCAAGAAGCCACGGGCUACACAGCUACCUACAGACAAACCAUCUCCAUCGAGCCAGGAGAGGAGGACGGAGAUUGUUUGCACAUGAGAAGAGGAUAUCAUCAUGUAAUGGAGGGAUUUCCUAACUGUGUUGUGACGGAUGGGGUCAUUAAUUUCUUCUUGGCUCGCACAGAUAAAGUCCAGCAGGUUGGCUUCGACCCUCGCCUCGCCAGGGUAGCUCACCUGGAGUUUUUCAUCGACGGCCUCGGAUCUCUCCACGUCGGCUCCUGUGACGACGUCAUCAUCAACCACGCAACCAAAAUCAAACUACCGUGGACCACACAGUCAGAAAGCGAUAAGACGUAUGCCAAGUUUCGCUACCCGCCGGCCUCCUCUGACGCCACGCGCACAAAAAACGGCCUCUUGUACUUCAAGAACCGAUUUCAGUGUUUGACUCGUAAUUAGUUUCACAUCUCCAGUUGUCUCCCUGAAGGUUCGUCUUGUUCUUCCUGAGUUGCCAAAGACAUUUUCCUCCACCCUGCGCCGUCAGAUAAGAUUUAUAGCUAACAGUUUGGUUUGUUCUGUUGAAAAACCUUAAAACGGUUCUGCUGCUGGCGUCUGCCUUUGGAGCAGUCUUAGCAUGUUCUGUAGAAAGCCUGACAAAGGCUUGACAGGGUUUAUUCUUGGAAGGCAACAGAAGAGGAUCAAAUCCAAUUGCUAAGUGGCGGCGUAUUCAGAGAAAUAUGCUUCGUAAAAUCUUAUCUGUCCAAGCAAGUUUCAGUUGGUGAAAAAGAAAAGGAAAACCCAACUGGUAGCAACGAGGUGGGAUGUGUCUCUUUUUUUU